AUGUCUGCUGCGGCACCCGACCGAGUGCGUUGCCUGCACUUGCUGAUAAAGCACAACGAAUCAAGAAACCCGGUCUCUCGCCGGACGAACCAACCGGUGACGAAGUCGAAGGACCAGGCUUGGGACGAACUAUCCGUCCUGAAGUCCAGCGUUCGCCAGGAAAACUUUGCGCAGCUUGCGAAUCAGUACAGCGACUGCGGUUCCUUUCAGAAAGGCGGGGAUCUCGGGUUUUUCACCCGAGGAAUGAUGCAGAAACCUUUUGAAGACGCUUCCUUCGCGCUUCAAGUUGGGGAAAUCAGCGAUAUUAUUGAUACCGACUCCGGGUUGCAUCUCAUCUACAGAAUUGCGUAG